UUUAAAAAGAAAAGGUAGAAAACACUUCUGGUUGUACCACGUUACUCGGCCGUGCCUAUAAGUAACGGCAGUCCACGGAAGGAAGCAUAACAAGAAGGUGGUCUUUGCGUCUGCAAUUCAUCUACUGCGAGAGAAAAAUGGGUUUGAAGAUCUGGAAGUUUCAGGCUUUCUAUUCAACUGGUUGGAUCCAAGAAGUCAACAAAUAUGUGGAUCUCUUCUUGGUUUUAUCAAUUUCCUAUUACUGCUUUCUGCUACAAGAGGAAUUUGAGGAGUAUGCUGAGAAAGCUAAAACCUUACCAGAGACCACAACAAAUGAAAACAAGCUCAUUCUCUAUGGGCUGUUCAAGCAAGCCACUGUUGGACCAGUGAAUACCAGUCGUCCUGGGAUGUUCAAUAUGAGGGAAAGAUACAAGUGGGAUGCAUGGAAGGCUGUUGAAGGGAAAUCUAAAGAGGAAGCAAUGAGUGAUUACAUCACCAAAGUAAAACAGUUGCUGGAGGAGGCCGCUGCAUCUUCUUGAUGUCUAACAGUGUGUUCCCUGCUUUGUCACUUGUGGUUGAAUAAGUAAACUAAGAAUAAACAUUGUACCUUUCUUAUUGCUACCAUGUUAUUCUUGAAUUAUGCCAAUUUAAAUUAGAUGUAUUUUAUGUAUUUCUAGCAUAAACAAGCUCAAAUGAAAUGUUCGUGGCAUUUGUCCUGAACAAAAAUUGUGUAAAUCCAUGAAUCCACCACAAUCGCCAAGGUCUCAUA